AUGUCUAGCGAGUACAAGCUUCGUUCAGUCGCCAUUAUCGGCCUGCAACGAUUAAUCCCCUUUGCGAGGAUGCUUGCUUCCAUCCCAGAACGUCAGCGUCGCGUACGACACUUGUUUUUCUCCACUAUGGCGCAGAAGCCUGGGGAGGGUACGGGCAAACUGCAUGCAGUAACAGACUCGGUCUAUGAUGAAAACCGCACCGCCUGGAUCCAAAUCAUACAAAUGAUCUCGAGUACACUUCGAACCUGCCGAGCGGUCUCGCAUCUUCCGCGAACUACCAUCCUCCUCCCCGUUUCCUGCCCCAACCUUGUGGAGCUAACCUUACAAGGCCAAUUCCCCGUCCUUCUCUACACAAACCAUACUCCCCAGUUCCCCUCCCUCCGUUCCCUUACAUUCUCUGCUUUCAACGACUAUCCCGUGUAUCUAUUUGACGAUAUCGUGCUCCAAGCACCUGCGCUGGAAGAACUCACCCUCCUACCUGCCCAGCCUUCACGGAACCUCCACAACGAUCUCUACGCCACCCUGGAUAUCAACCCGCAAUCCUCACGAUGCUCCCCUCCACCCGACUAUUUUCCAACGACGCGUCUCCCGGCAACAGUUUCACGGGUAUACGUGCAACCUGGUCCGGAAAUCAUUUCGGAAUCGAGAAAUGCGUCGUGUCUCAAGAACGUCCAAAUUAUCAUGAAGCGGAAGAUUCUUCAUAUGCAAAAACAUGAUCAGAGGAAUAGAGUCAAAUUCCUUCGACCAGGGCCUCCCCUUGUAUUCGAAGACGCGCUGGUUGAGUGGUUAGGCAGAGAGAGGUUGUAAAACGGAGUGGUGUAGUAUUAACUAUUGGUAAAUUAUCUUCACUACGCACUGUUGUAAUCUUAUAGCCUAUGUAGUACUCCGUGUAUUAUAAAAGUAACCACCCACUACUUUUU